AUGAUUAAACACAAUUAAAAAAGUUAAAAUCUUGUUACUGGGGGAUAUUUGAAAACGAAACAAAUGAGAAGAAUCAAAAUUGAAAACCAAAUUCAGCUUCUCUGGUGAUUCAAGCAACCAAUUGAUGCCAGCAAGAACUUGAAGAUGGAAGCAGUAGCAGAGGGGUUAUGGGGAUUGGCAGAUAACGAGGAGAAAAAGGGAGAGAUAGGUAAGGCUGUGAAAUGCCUUGAAGCUUUAUGUCAAAGCCAGGUCUCAUUCUUACCUAUAAUCGAAGUCAAAACUCGUCAUCGCAUCGCAACUCUUCUGCUUAAGCAUUCUCACAAUGUAAAUGAAGCUAAGUCCCAUCUUGAACGCUCCCAAUUGCUUCUCAAGUCGAUCCCUUCUUGUUUUGAAUUGAAAUGUCGCACUUAUAGCUUACUGAGUCAGUGUUAUCAUUUGGUUGGUGCCAUUCCUCCUCAAAAACAGAUUCUUCAUAAGGCUCUCGACCUAACUGCUACUACUUUUCCUGAGGUUUCAGUUAGUUUAUGGACCUGCAACUUCAAUUCCCAGAUGGCUAAUGCUUUAAUUAUUGAAGGGGAUUAUCAUUCUGCUAUCUCUAGUUUGGAAUCUGGUUAUGCUUGUGCUACUCAAAUUCGCUAUCCAGAAUUACAGAUGUUCUUUGCAACUUCUGUUCUACAUGUGCACCUAAUGCAAUGGUAUGAUGAUAAUUUAGUUCAUUCUGCUCUAACUAGAUGUGAUCAGCUUUGGGAUUCUUUGGGUCCUGAAAGAAGAGACCAAUGCUUAGGUUUGCUUUUCUACAACGAGCUCCUUCACAUAUUCUAUCAACUUCGGAUCUGUGAUUUCAAGAAUGCCACUCAACAUGUUGACAAGUUGGAUGCUGCUAUGAAGGCUGACUUACAGAAAAUACGUGAAGUGCAGCGCCUAAACAAUGAACUCAAUGCCUUAAAUCAAAGCCUUUCCAGGCCGGACUUGCCUAACAGAGAUAGGUCAUUACUUUCUUCGAAGCAUGCUCAAAUUCAACAGCAACUUACAAAAAUGAAUAAGUCCACAUCAUUUCCGGACCAAUCUCUGGAACCUGCAUACUUUGGAAAUGCAAGGCGGUCAGUACAAGAUAAGCUAGUGCUGGCACCACCUCCUAUUGAUGGAGAGUGGUUGCCAAAAAGUGCUGUCUAUGCUCUUGUUGAUCUUAUGUCGGUCAUAUUUGGCCGUCCACGAGGACUUUUUAAGGAGUGUGCCAAGCGCAUUCAAUCUGGAAUGCAAACUAUUCAAGUGGAGCUGGUGAAGCUUGGAAUAACUGAUGGUGUUAGAGAAGUGGAUUUGCGUCACUCUGCCAUUUGGAUGGCUGGCGUGCAUUUAAUGCUAUUAAUGCAGUUUCUUGAAAACAAAGUGGCAAUGGAGCUCACACGGUCUGAAUUUGUUGAAGCACAAGAGGCACUCAUGCAAAUGAGAGAUUGGUUCGUUCGCUUUCCUACAAUUCUUCAGGCUUGUGAGAGCAUUAUUGAGAUGCUCAGAGGGCAAUAUGCUCAUUCUGUUGGCUGUUAUAGUGAAGCAGCUUUUCAUUAUAUUGAAGCAUCAAAGCUAACAGAGAACAAAUCAGUCCAAGCUAUGUGCCAAAUCUAUGCAGCUGUCUCUUACUUCUGUGUUGGUGAUGCUGAAUCAUUAUCACAGGCUCUUGAUUUGAUUGGACCAAUUUACAGAAUGAAGGAUUCUUUUGUUGGAGUUCGUGAGCAAUCAAGUGUCCUUUUUGCUUAUGGCCUUUUAUUGAUGAGGCAGGAUGAGUACGAAGAAGCAAGAGCUCGGCUGGCCAAAGGCUUGCAGAUUGCACAUAAUAGCAUGGGGAACCUUCAACUUAUAUCACAAUUUUUAACAAUCCUUGGACAUUUGGCACUUGCCUUGCAUGAUACUGUACAAGCCAGAGAGAUUUUGAGAUCCUCCCUUACAUUGGCAAAGAAGCUUUAUGAUAUCCCAACUCAGAUCUGGGUGCUAUCUGUUCUGACAGAUUUGUACCAAGGAUUAGGUGAGGUUGGAAACCAAAUGGAGAAUGAGGAAUAUCGAAAGAAGAAGUCUGAUGAACUGCAAAAGAAACUUUCUGAUGCACAUUCUUCCAUUCAUCACAUUGAACUGAUUGACAAAGUAAAAAUCGAGGUUAAGCAAUUUCAGGAGUUUGACAUCAAGCGUGCCAUGGCAAAUCAAUCCAUGAGAGUCAAUCUAGACAUUCCAGAAUCUGUUGGUUUGUCUACUCCAUUACCAAAUUCUUCAUCAUCAAAACUACUAGAUUUGGAUAAUCGAAGACGUGGGAAGAGAAGAAUUUAGUUUCCAAGUUUUAGGCUUCUGUACAUAUAUGUAUUUUGGCGGGUAAAAUAGAAUGUAGGACAUUUGAAGCUUAGACAAGGUCGAGAUCGGUGCUGCAAAUUAGAUCAAUAAGAUUCGUAGAUUGUUCCAGCAAUAUAGAACUUCCUUAGCGUUACUGUUGUUGUAUAGAUUGAAGUAAGAAAUUUGUAUCCUAUUGCUCUUGCCACAAGGCUGUUGUUUAGGGAUUGGCAACUAUUUUAUGACUUUAUAUAUGUUAGUGGAAGCACGCAUUUUGAUGCCUGGACAGCUUUGGACUGGAUGGUCAAGUUUGUAAAAUGACACUGAAUUGAUAUUUAAUUUCUACGGAUGCAUGGUCAAACUAUGUAACUGAAUACAUGUACUUAAGGAAUCAAAUAAUUAUAUGAUUGAUAUAUAAA